AUGGCCGACCACGACCCUCACCCGCAUCCUCAUCCUCACGCUCACGCCCACUCGCACUCGCACUCUCACUCUCACCCUCAUAACCCCCACGACGCGCCACACGACACCGCUCACGACCUCCACCCCUCCGACCCGGAUGCCAGCACCCUCAACGGCCCCGGCGCUCCUCCGGACGGCGUAGACUCCCCGAUGUCGACACCGAAGGAGCGUCACUCCCUUACCCUCGACCAGCGUCGCGCGCUCCGCCGCUGGGCCAACGCGCAGACCCUUCGUCCCAGUCACAAGGCCUGCAUAGACUGGUUCUACAACCAAUACGGACAGCACAUCUCCCAAUCGACCGUAUCCCACUCUCUCAGCCCCAAAUACUCCCGGUUGGACGGAGACAACCCCCAACUGAGCGGCUCGCGACUGCGCUUCGGCAACUGGCCUGAUGUCGAGAAGCUCGUGCUGCGGUGGUACCAGCAGGUCCAAGCCACGGGCCGCCACCCGACGAACGAGGAGCUCGGCGAGAAAGCAAAGGCCAUCUUCACGGCUCUGCCGCGGUACAAGGACGAGACGCCGCCGGAAUUCUCCCCGGGCUGGAUUCACAGGUUCAAGAAGCGCUACGGUCUGCUGAUCAGGCGCCAGCGUCGACACGGCGAAGGCGGACUCAACGCGGCCGACGACAUCGGCUACCUCGCCGACUGCGUCCCGCGACUGAUGGCCCUCUCCGCCGAGACCAGCCCCGCCGCCAUCCGCGAAUCCGUCAUGCGCGCGCUGGGCGUCGAGGCGAGCCUGCAGACCUGCGCUCUCGUGCGCGACGAGGUGCUGCGCCGGUUGAGCGCGGGCCCCGGCUCGGCGGGCGCCAUGUCCCCGACCUCCGCCGCGGCGGUCACGGCCCCGGACCCGCACAGCGCCGACGCGAGCAUGGUCGCGCCCCCCGGCAGCGACACCCCGAUGUACGGCGAAGAAGACCCGGACAUUGUCCUGCAGAACGCGCUGAGGCAGCUGCAGCAGGAGGAGGCGGAGGCGGAGGCGACAGCCGCGGCCGCGAGGGAGGAGCGGGAGCAGCGGGAGCGCGUGCAGGGAACGGCCGCGGCCGCGCUCGCGACGCCCGCCAUCCAGCGAGCCGUCUCGUCGGCGUCGAGGUUCGCCCCGUCCACGCCCGAGCUCAACCUGACGCCCAUUAAGAACGACGAUCCGGUCUCGGCCAACGAGCGGCCCCUGCGGUGUCCGUUCUGCGUGAACCAGAGGAUGCUCCGUACCAUUAAGGAGGCGGUGGAGCACAUGUCUACCCACGUCGUUGUGUAA